AUGUCGAGCAUGACUGGUUGGAAGCUGGCCCGCGGCAACGCGGUGGCCCGCGAGAUGCUUGCCAGGAAAGCCCAAAGGGAUCUUGACAAGAAGAUGGACUUCAAGAUCUUCGCUGGGACGGCGUACGAAGUGCCCAAGGUGCUGCGCCGCUUCUCGGUGCUGCUCGGCGGCUCCAUCAAGGACGACCUCUCGGCGCUGAAGGGAUGGGUGUGCAAGGAUGACGCCGACGCUGUGCAUCCUUAUCUCGAGGAGCUCCACGGGUGA